AUGGUGGCGUUCUCUCCGGUCGUUUCAGCUGCUCUGAGCCAAGACGCUUGUGAUAUUCUGAUUGCGCUGGGCAUUGAUAGCGAUUCCGAUUUAUCUGAGUACUUUGCGGACGAGUUUUCUUUGCUGGAAGUUUCUUCAGAUGAUCGGUUGCUUCGUGAAAUCACUAAUGCCUGGCGGGUGGCGAGAGUGCAGAUGAGAGUACAAGAACAGCUGCAUCGAGCACCGGCCCUUCCCAGCAAGCGGCCAGCUGAUGAUUUGGGCCAACAGCCUUUACUCCUGGGGGCCAGACCCAAAGCGCGGCUGUUCCCUCCUGCUGCUCUUAGAUCCCGUAGCUACACUCAGGCCGUUUCUCAGGCGGCGACACCCAGUCUUCCGCCGAGGCAUGAUCGAAGGGCCGGGUGCUUACAGGCCAUGUUUCAGAUCGCUAUUUUGUGUGGUUCUGCUAAUCUGGUCUUUGGCGCCGAUUUGGUGCUCCAGCAAGAUGAGGCACGCCCUUUGUUUGAUCGUAAGUUUCAAUCCCUCAGCGAUGAUCGCCUCGUCAGCCAUAGAGCGGCCAUGCGCCGUUGGGUUGAUUGGCACAGCAAGCAUGCUCCGAUUGAUCAACCGUUCUGGAGGCCUACGGCUGUGACGCUGUCUUCAUUCUUUCAGGACAUUAGUCGUAACGGCCCUACAGCGGCCUCUGGGGCAUUUGGAGCUCUGAUGUGGUGGCGCCGCCAUGUUGGGGUGCCCUUUCCUCUUCAGGAUGCCUUAGUUAGUCAUUGGUCUGCGCCGACCCAGGGGCACACGGCUCAGCAGCGCGAGCCUCUUUCGUUACGGAUUGUGCUUGCACUGUGUAAGGCAGGUGCAUCAGCUCAAGGAGCCAUUCGUUCCUUUGUGUGCCAUGCAUUACUUGCACUCGUGGCGUGUUUGCGUUUUCGCCAUCUUCAGCGAUCACAUAAUCUCAGGCUUUGCUAUAGUUUUCUUCGGGCCACCUGUCGCAAGGGCAAGCGGAGGGUUCAACAGACUCAGCCUCCUUUUGAUUGGGCUUGUCCGGCCAUCCUCCCCUUUGGCUUGCCUCUCGCGGAACAGGUCAUGCUGGACAAUUCUGAGGUGAAGCGUGCCUUGGGUCGUGAUCCAGAUUUUCUUGUUCAUGAUUACGAGGUCCCCAAGGGUGAGCCUUUGACGGCUUCAUCAAAGCGCCGCUUGGUAGCCAUGUCACUGCCUCGCUUUACAGACUUCUUGCGUGCUGUGCUGCUGGGGCUUGGUAUUCCGGAGGCCGAUGUGAAAGCCUUCUCAUCUUACAGCCUCCGCAGGUUUUUGCCUACAGCGGCAGAUAUCUUACGACUUCCCGAGGAGCAUCGCUUGGCAAUCGGCAACUGGCAGGAGCGGCCCACGGCUACAGCAGAUCGAACCCAGCCUCGUGCAGUACAUCACAUGGCCCAGCAUUAUGCCAAUGACAAGGUGUUUACUUCUGCUCGUAUCAAGCAAGAGGUUCUGGUGUCAAUUUUCAUGGUGGCCAGGCGAGUCUCUUUCAAGCUUUCGUGGGAUGACUUUCGACAGAAUUUGCCUGCCACUGAUGAUGUUACUCAGGAGCUUCGCAAAUCCGAGUGGCAUCCGGCCGCGGCUUCGAUUCAGCAGGGCGAGUUUCGGCCUGGUUCGGAGUCUUCUGACUCUGCCAGCAGCUCGUCGGGAGAGUCUAGCAGCAGUGAGGAUCCUGAUGCUGUAGCGUGGUUUCAGCAGUCAUUGAAAGGAGCGUGUCACCUGGUUCAAGGCAUGGCGGGUAUCCGCUUCGUGCCUUUCUGCCAGGACUUGCCUUUUGAUGCGCCUCAUUGCGCUCGAGGCUCUGGCAUCGAGCCAGGCAUUAAGAUGCGGCACAUGGACGGCUACAUCGUCGUCGUGGAGUUCGUCGACGUGGCAGCCGACGGCCCAGCCGAGUGCAGCUCCGCCUGA